AUGAUUUGGAAAUCGGUUUCCGUUUCGCUCUUUUGCCUCCUUUUCGGCCAAUCAGUGGUCGUCUUCGCCGCGAAAGCCAAUCGGCGCCCAAUGGCGCUGCUGACCCCCAAACGCGCCACAAUCCCGCGCAUCGUCGGCGGACAUCCCAUCGCGCGCAUGGAGUUCCCGUGGAUGGCUUCCCUUCAGUACAACGGACAGCACUUCUGCGGCGCCGCUCUCAUCGCCGCCGACUGGCUGUUGACGGCCGCCCAUUGCGUGGACGCGUCGUCUCCGAAACCCUUCCAAGUCGUGGUCGGAGUCCACAGUCUGUCAGCGCGAGAGCCGACGGAACAGCGCGUCGACGUGCGCGAGGUCUUCGUUCACGAGAAGUGGAAUUCGACCGCAAUUUCCGACGAUUUGGCGCUCAUUCUUGUGGCGCGCGGAAUUCGCUUCGAGCCGUCGGGCGCGCGACCAAUCGCUCUGCCAAAGAGUCAGGAGUCCGUCAGUGCGGGCGUCGAGUGCGCGGCCACGGGUUGGGGUCUCACGAAAGCGAACGGAAAGGAAAGCCUCCGAUUUGGAACCUUCGAACCGAAAGCAAGCCUUGCUUUCUUUGGAGCCUUUUUCGCUUCCCUUUUAACUCUUUAUUCCCUUUCAGAGCAAAAAGUGUCGGAUUUGCCGCAAAAGGUAAUGUUGCCGGUGUUGGCGCGCGACCACUGCUCCCGCCUCUACGGCCAGAAGGCGCACAUUUCGGCGGCGCAGGUGUGCGCGGGCGGGCGGGAGGGGCGCGGCAUUUGCAACGGCGACUCCGGCGGCCCUUUGCAGUGCUUUCGCAACAAUGAAUGGCUUUUACUGGGUUUGGACUCUUUCACGGUGCCGUGCGCGCUCAACGGCUUCCCCUCUGUGUUCACGCGCGUCGCCCAUUAUUGGGAUUGGAUUUCUCGAGUAAUCGAAUUAAAUUCAAAUAAACAAUAA